AUGAUUUCUCUGGUUCUUCACAAGUGGAUGAGGAAUAUUUCACCGGAGAUGCUGCUGUUGGUGCCGAUAUUGUGGUUUUUACCUCUGACUGGAGCGGCUCCGUCUCAGACUACCGAGCAGCUGGACACUGGUGUGGACUGGCUGAGCAAGUUUGGCUACCUCCCGCCCCCUGACCCAGUGACUGGUCAGCUCCAGACCAAGGAGGCGCUGACCAAGGCCAUCAAAGCCAUGCAGAAGUACGGAGGGCUGAAGGAGACCGGCGUCUUAGACCAAGCCACGCUGGGUCUAAUGAAAACACCCAGAUGUUCCCUGCCAGAUGUUUCUGAGGCGGAGGUGACAAUGGGCCGUAGGAAAAGAGACUUGAGCCCUCAGAACAAAUGGAGUAAGAGGCAUCUAUCAUGGAGAGUGAGGACCUUCCCUAAGGACUCUGCCUUACUGGGCAGGGACACUGUUCGAGCCCUCAUGUACUACGCCCUGAAGGUCUGGAGUGACAUCGCACCACUAAACUUCCACGAGGUGGCCGGCAGUGAUGCAGACAUUCAAAUCGACUUCACCAAGGCCGACCACAACGAUGGAUAUCCCUUUGACGGGCCGGGGGGCACCGUGGCACACGCAUUUUUCCCCGGGGAGAGGUUCACAGCUGGGGAUACACACUUUGAUGACGACGAGGCCUGGACCUUCAGAUCUCCAGACACUCAUGGGAUGGAUCUGUUUGCGGUUGCGGUCCAUGAGUUCGGUCACGCCAUCGGCCUGGUCCACACCUCAGCCAUAGAGUCCAUCAUGAGGCCGUACUACCAGGGUCCCGUAGGAGACCCUCUGAAAUACGACCUACCCUAUGAAGACAAGGUCCGCGUCUGGCAGCUCUACGGUGUCAGAGACUCGGUGUCUCACACAAACCGACCAGGCAACCCCUCCCAGACGGCUGAACCUCCUGUCCUGCUGGACCUUCCCGAAAACAGAUCCACUCUCCUGCUGACACGAGAUGCCCCAGACAGAUGCACAAGUCACUUUGAUGCCGUGGCCCAAAUACGAGGGGAGGCCUUCUUUUUCAAAGGGAAGUACUUCUGGCGACUAACAAGAGAGAAGCACCUGGUGUCUCUUCGCCCGGCUCAGAUACAUCGGUUCUGGAGGGGCCUCCCACCCAAUCUGGACAGUGUGGAUGCUGUGUAUGAGAGGCCUGGGGACCACAAAAUAGUAUUUUUCAAAGGUCUGAAGUACUGGGUAUUUAAAGACAAUAACGUGGAGGAGGGCUACCCUCGUCCCAUCAGUGACUUUGGCCUGCCCUCGGAAGGAGUAGAUGCAGCCUUUGUUUGGCUACACAACGACAAAACCUACUUCUUCAAGGACAACCACUACUGGCGCUACGAUGACCACCUGAGACGUAUGGACCCGGGCUACCCUAAAGACAGUUUGCUUUGGAAGGGGCUGCCGCCACAACUGGAUGACAUCAUGAGGUGGUCUGAUGGCUCGUCCUAUUUCUUCAAGGGGAAGGAAUACUGGCGAGUGCCGAGCAGCGACAUGGAGGUGGAGGCAGGAUACCCCCGCCUCAUCGCUAAAGACUGGCUGCUGUGCACCGAGAUGCAGUCUGACUCUCCGGACACGCAACCCAAAAGCACGGAGACGAGAGUCAACGAGCACCAUCAACCGGACCACGCAGAGAACGGAUUCGAGGUGUGCUCCUGCACCUCGGACACCGCCUCGCCUUUAGGCGCCCGCCCCUCCCCAUCUCCCCUGUGGCUGCUGCCACCUCUCUGGACGCUCUCGCUGGCCCUCUGCUCUGAACUGCUAUGAUGCCAAAGCAUGGGACAACGUUCCUGAGCUGACACAGACUCUAUGGUGGAGGGCCAGUGGGAACGAAAUACAAACUUCUUGUUCAUAUAAAUAUCAAUUGGUAUGUUUUUGCUAUUAAUUUUGCAGUUAUUUAUUUCACAUGCCAUUGUCUUCUAAAGCGCCUUGCCGUAUAGGUAGUACAUACAGUUAUCAUAUAAUCAUACUAGGGUAUAUCUAGUGGCCGUCAAUCCACUGACCAUGACAAUGCUAGUACCGUGCUUAACAACUCUAUUAGUUUCUUCUUCAAUGGCUAAACUUUCUCAUCUUCACAAGGAAGAUAAUUCAGUGAGAUUGUUCAGAAUUACUUUUUUAGUUUACGGCAAUAAUGAAUGGUAUCCUGGGAUGUAUAUUUUCAACAGUUGAAUGGUAUCCUGAGAUGUUAAUAGGUUCAUUUUAGUUGGACCUUUUAGGAAAUGUUAUAGGUUUAUUCUUCUUUCUCCCCAGAGUUAGAUGGAAAUAUCCACACCCCUCUCACGUCUGUCUGGUGAACAUUAAGCACCAGCUAGCAGCCGGUUGGUUGAGCUUAGUAUAUGAGACUGAAAACAGGGAAAAAGCAAACAAACAAAAGACUUUUGUCACCUUCGGACAUAGCCAGGCUAGCAUUUUGUUUCCUUUUUUCAGUCUUUAUGCUAAGCUAAGCUAACCAGGUCCUGGCUGUAGCCUUAUGUUUACCGUUCAGAUAUGUGAUUGAAUGUUAUCUUCUCAUCUAACUCUCGACAUGAAAGAAAAAAAGGGUAUGUCGAAGUAUUGCUUUAAAAAGUGCCUGGCAAGUAGACCUUCCUGCCAGGAUGUUUACUGCCUAUCAGCAUUGUCCACCAAUCAAAUGGUUAUGCUUAAAUUCAGGUUGGUUACAGUUAAGGUUACAGUUAUGACCGUGGCUGCGGUUUGGGCCCACCAAUCCCGAGAGGGACACAGUAUUUAGGAAAAGCUGCCUGCAAGACUCGAACCAGGGUAAAUAAUGACAUAGUGGAUACAGAUACUAUGGUUAGACAGGUGACUGACACCCCGACAUGUAUUUAGGCGACAGGUAAAAAGUACCCAGAAAUGCAGUCGAGAUAGAUAGUUUACAAAUGAAUGGCCCCAUGUUGGCAUGAAGAGAAAAUAAAUGGCAUGCUGGGAUGUCGACAGGCAGAUGAAUACCAUCCAGUACUGCUACAUAUAGAAGAAAGGUGCACCCUAUGCUGUGGGAAGUAGGACAAAUAAAGACUUCCUGUAAGUUUGUCAGUGUCGCUUUACCCUAUUAUCCCAGCUUAACUCCCUUACCUGUACUCCCACGCUCUUUGAGGAACUGCUGCUUAUCCAUGAAUUUGUCAUUUUCAACCCCGCUACAGAAGCGUUUCCUACCAUUACCAGAGGCAGUAUACUUUUGUUGUGUUUUUGGUAAUAAAUAUGGACGGAUUGCGACUCCAUAUUGCUUCGAUACGAUUAUAGUUCAGACCCUUUUUUUCCCUCACAGCUGGACGAUUUCCCCCAUCAAUCCCAGCUCCUUUUAAGGACGCCGUUAGCAGAGCUCACAGGAAAGCAACCGGAUUUAUUCUUGCUGAUAUAUUUACCUACAGUUUAAAUAUAGACACAGAUAUAUUGAGUUGAGAUGUUCCAUGGUUUCUUCAAAACCGAGUGGACUGUGUAUAUUUCAAGGUGUGUUUUCUAAUGUAAAAUAUUUUUGUAGAAAAAUAAAACA